AUGAAAUCAACGCGUAGCAGAUGUUAUAUAAAGCUCACUGGAAACACACUCAGCGUCGUGAUCGGGCGAGAUAGCACAGAAGAGUCCAUUCGCAGCUUAGGCCCAUAUACUCCUUGUAAGGGGACCCAGAGAAACAGCAAGAGUCAGACGACGGCGGCGUGCGGCCUGAAACUGCUCUCAGGACCCGACCUCCUGCCCAUUUCUCAGGAUUCAUUAAGGCAAGGCGAGGAAACUAAAAAAAAAGGACUAUUAUAUACUGUCAAGGGAGCAGAAAAGCGCAAAGGCAGAGACGCAGAAUAUUAUACUCAGUCUGCAAUGUUGAGAUGGCUCUGUUGCCUGCGCGAGGAGGACAACACACAGUCCUUUUGGUGUGUGUGUUGCACAAAGGAAACAUACCGAGAGCUUGAAGAGGGAGAAGAGAGAGCAGAGAGAGAUGAGGGAGAAGAGAGAGCAGAGAGAGAUGAGGGAGAAGAGAGAGCAGAGAGAGAGGAGGGUAAGGAGAGAGAAAAGAAAGAGGAGAAAUUGGGGUCUUCGCUUGUCGAGACGUGUUCCUCGGAUUCCGAUAUUCGUCAAUCCGGCGACGAAGAGAGUGAAUCGCGCGGGUGGUCCGGUACCCACGAGUGCCAGUCCUCGAGCGGUGUUGACGCAGGCGAAGGAGGAGGAGGAGGAGGAGGCUCCUGGUGUUGUGCUUUCGAAGAUGAACAACGUUGCUGCCGUGGGGAAUCAGGAACGCCACAGUCAGCAAGCAAAGCCAGAUCAGCCAGCGUGCUUUUCGAGGCCGGAGAUGAGGUCCGUGGAAAACAGUGGGACGACCGCCUGCACGCUCACGAUUCAGAGGUCGACACAAGAGCGGACGACCGACAGUCCUGUCACGGUGGCGAUUUACUAGAACGAAAAGCUUCGUACUGGGCAACGUUAGAUCAACAGAACUCGUUCACUGACUCUGAAACUUAUCAUUCUCAUUACAGAGACAGUCCAGUCGACUCAGAAAGUCUGGACAAGGACGAAAUCUCAAGCCAGAAUCAAUCUGCAUGUCAUAAACCUGAUGUUCAUGAUUCUUAUGACGAAUCGGAACACCACAACCCUGAGCAUGGUGGUGAUUUUAAUGGCAAUGAGUCCCAGAAUCGACAGUCUAUAAGUGAAGACGUCGAGUAUCAUCAAUCGCUGUGUGAUGUACCUGAAUAUAGUCAGCGUUACGAAAGAAUGCGACUACAAUUUGUCGAAGAUUACUUUUACGACAAAGGUGGUCAGCAUUUACAAAAGGACGGGGACCUCUCGUGUCAAGAACCUUCAGUUGAAGAAAGAUAUGCGUAUCGCCAAGCCCAUCUUGAGGGCGCCGAACACGAAACGCUGGUAUACGUUGACUCUGAGAACUGCACAGAUUACAGUGAUCAUUUGCUUCGAUGUACAUCCUCUAAUACUAACACAAUAGGCCGACGGUAUGAUGAAGUUCUUGAAGAGCUAGAAGCCGAGAAUGAUACUUUCAAAGAUCAGAAAUCGGAAUCCAGUGGCUCGGAGGACGUCGCAGAAUGCGGCGAUCACCUACAACGCCACAGUUGCUCGAAUGGCAGCACGAAACGCGGGCAGAACAAGGUCGAAUUCAGAGAUCAGCAGUCCUUUGCCGAAGAGUCUGGGGCUCAAACAUUUGAGUAUCGUGUCCCUGAAUGCGGUGAACCUUUAUAUGUUAAAGAAUCCAGUGAUGAAGAUUCUGAUGAAUUUCCUAGAAAUGAAACUGCUGCAUAUGAUGACUUCAUAGACGACACAGAGGAUGAUGAAUAUUUUCAGAAUAAUUCAUUAUAUAUCAGCAGAACGAAACAAAAGCAGAAUGUUAACAAACUUAAAGCACAAACGUUCCAGCACAGUGAUAACAGAACUACAGUAAACCAGAGACAGAAUACUAGUAACAGGCCCCAAAAGACUAGACAGACUGAGGGAUCUUCAGGCGACCGUAGAGCGCAGAAGAAUGCAGCAGAGAAGGCAGUUGGUCGCGUUCCUAAAGUUAUACUCACCAAGACUGUGGAGGUGACAAUAGCUCGGCCGCACAAGAUUAUGUCCAAUACUGGGAUCCUGGAGGUGGAGAGCAACAGGAUCACAGGCAGCAAGGCUAAAGUUUUCUUCCAUAGGGACACGCUCUACCUCAAUCAGAAGAAAGUUGAAGACGGGAAGCCCCUCUCGAUGCUUCUGGGGAAGCAGAAUCAGCAGUGGGGCUGCGUGGCACGGGCCUUCCCCAUGAAGAAUGGCUCCUGCAGGAAGAUCGCCGGCGUUGAAGUCCAUCUGAUAGCCAGCCUGGUGUGGGUGGGCGACAGACCUUCGUCGGCUGACGUCAGAAAAAUGUCCCGAGAAAAGAAGCCCGGCCCCCAGUCGGAGCAGAGCCGCCGGCAGCCUCGUGAAGCUGGAAGGCUGUCCCGGGAAAAGAAGCCGCGCCCCGAGUCGAAGCAGAGCAGCCGGCAGCAUCCUCAAGCAGGAGGCACUGCGCAGGCCAAAGAAGGAAAUGAUACCCUGGAGACGGACUUGGCGGACAGUGCUUCUCCAAAAUCCGAAAUGGUGCGAGGUAGAAUCAGCGGAGUCACAGCGUCGUACGCUGUGCUGCAGAUGCCCAACGGCGCUUACGCGAACUUCCGGACAGAUCAGUGCUUUCUGUACGGCGUGUGUCUGCAGGAGGUGCAACUGUCAGAAGUUAUACCUGAGGGAACGGAAGCUGAAUACGAGAUGUGCGAGGGCCUGAAGGACCUGAAGGGGGUGUGGGUGGGCGGCAGCGCGCUUCUGGAACCCUCCGAGCUGUACGCCAGGCUGGAAGCUUGGUGCAAGGAGCACGGAGUUCCUCACAGGACGGCGGCCUCGCUGCUGUGCAUGGCGGGAUGGCUACCAGUCGACCUGGAACCUGUAGCUGACCUGCAGCCCUGGAAAGAGAUAGUCGAGGUGAGCAGCCCAGCCAUUCGUUGGAAAACCGCGGGCAAGCACAAGCACAAGCGUUAAUAAGACCCUGUUCUUCGAGACGGCCGCUGCGGUGGUUCUCAAGAGGCGAUUCUCGGUCCAGUUUUGGUAAUAAA